UGUAUCAAAUUGUUAACUAAUGCACCUCUUGUAAAUGUAGCAAAAAAAUAAAUAAUUACAUGCAUAGUUGUUAGAAUAUUAUGAUUUGUGAUUUGAUUCAUAUGAUUCAUAUCAAUUCCACACAAAAUUGAUUCGAAAUCUGACUAGAAAAUCUAAUGAUUGAAUUGUUGCCAAAUCAACUGAUUCACUUCAUGAAUCUAACAAACUAAUCCGAAUCCAUCAAUUUGCUCAAUUUUAGACCUGUCGUAUCUUUACAUACCCCGACUAGUUAAAAACCUCCAAAACAACAUUUCAUCUUUUUUAUUGUUUUUAUUUUUACAGAAUUACCUUCCUUUCCUUGUUUGCAUAAGUUUUGUGCUAAAAAAAGAGGAGAAAUAGAACUUUAGGUCUUAUGUUGCCUUCAUAAACACAUUCUUCUCUCAUGGAGAAGUAUAGUGGUCUACGUCUCUACCAUAAUGAGGAAGGGGCAGCAUCAGCAAAGGUGGUUCUCAUCUUUCUUUGCAUUGUUAAGAUUCAAAAGUUGGUUUUUCUAGUAGUUGUUGAAUAAUUGGAUAAAAUGGAACACUAAGAUAUUGACCAUAAUACCUGGCCUAAUGACCAUAAUACCCUUACUGACUUUCACUUAUUAGCAUAACACUAACGUACUAAUAAUGCUAAAUGACUAAGAUAAUCAUCAACACUUCCCCUCAAGUUAGAGCUUGUAUAUCAUAUGCUCCUAGCUUGUUACAAAUGACUUUAGCAUAUGCUUUGAUACCAUGUUAUUAACAUUUUACCUAAAAGCUUAAGCUGUUGGGUUGUGGGCCAACAAUGUGUAUCAAGCUUUAACAUUCCCCCUAAAGUGCAGCCUGGCAGCACAUGGAGAGAAACACAUGAUAGAUAGCACCUAUUAUAGGGAAUACACUAAUUGUUUAAACAUUAAGGAUAUGUACGAUGGAGUAAUGACUAGUGUAAAGACUAUAGAUGGAGAAACUAGAGAAUUUCCAAUUACCAUAGGUGUACAUCAAGGAUCUGCUUUGAGUCCUUAUCUUUUUGCUUUAGUGAUGGACCAAUUGACUAAGAGUAUUCAAAAGGAGGUUCCAUGGUGUAUGUUGUUUGCAGAUGAUAUUGUAUUAAUUGACGAAACUAGGGAUGGAGUAGAGGCUGAGUUAGAAUUAUGGAGAGAAGCUUUGGAAUCCAGAGGCUUUAAGAUAAGUAGAAAUAAAACAGAAUAUAUGAAAUGUAAUUUUAGUAAUGAUAGGAGGAAUAUUGGAGACAAAGUUAAACUUGAUGAUGAAGAAAUAAAUAGUACUUGUAGAUUUCGAUACCUUGGAUCUAUUAUGCAAGCUGAAGGAGAAAUUGAAGAUGAUGUAAUGCAUAGAGUUAAAGCAGGUUGGGUAAAAUGGAGAAGUUCUUCAAGUGUUCUAUGUGAUCGUAGAAUACCCUUAAAAUUGAAAGGGACGUUUUAUAGGACAUCUAUAAGACCAGCUAUGCUAUAUGGAUUAGAAUGUUGGGCGACGAAGAAACAUAAUAUCCAAAAAGUAAAAGUUGCCAAGAUGAGGAUGCUUAGAUGGAUGAGUGGUAUAACAUUAAAAGAUAAAUUAAGGAAUGAACAUAUUCGUGGUAAGUUAGGUGUAGCUCCUAUAGAAGAUAAGAUAAGGGAAGGACGACUCAGAUGGUAUGGACACUUGCAACGUAGGCCUUAUAGUGCACUUGUGAGGAAGAGUGACUUAGUUACUGUGGGGGGCAGUAGAAGGGGUAGGGGUAGACCUAAAAUAACUUGGGAGGAGAUAGUGAGUAAGGAUUUAAUGUCUUUGAAUCUAUCAAAAGAAAUGGUCCAUGAUCGCAUAAAUUGGCGGAAAAGGGUUCAUAUAGCCGACCCCACUUAGUGGGACUGAGGCUUGGUUUUGUUUUGUUUUACUAAUUGUUUAAACACCACACAAUAAACACAAGCAACAAGACUAGAACUCAAGACCUCCUAGUAACCAACCUUGAUACCAUGUUGAAUAAUUGGGUAAAAUGGAAGACCUAGUCAUAGUGAUAGGUCUCUCCCUCUAUUUAUAAUAUAUGUUGAAGUACAUACCAAUGACCAUAAUACUCUUAUUAUCUCUCGCUUAUUAACAUAACACUAACACACUAAUAAUGCUAAAUGACUAAGAUAACCAUCAACAAUUGAUGAAUUAUUAUCAAUUUUUAGGUUAAUUAUUUUUUUCAUCUUAAUUCAAGAAAGAAUAUGCAUGAAAUUUGUUUUCUUUUUAAUUGAUGAUAAAUACUAGAAGUUCAUUUUUUAUUUUUUUCUUGAUUCCUUCCCUUAAACAACAUGAAGUUCUUUUUUUUUUUUUUGAUAUUUUUUGACUCAUUUUCUUACUUUUCAUUUGUCUAGGGAAAGCAUAUGUAUGAAAUUUGACUUUUUUCUAAGUGUCAAAACUUAAAUGUAUUUUACUAUUUCACUUCUUUUUCAUAUAUCAAUAUAUGCAUGUCAUUUAUAAUUGAUUUUGGAAAUUUAUAUUGAAUCUUAUGAUUCUAUCCGAUUCUUGAUUCCUGAAAUUGGAAUUUUGACUCACAAUUCGAACUUGAUUCAACAACUAUGAUUAUGUGUCAUUGUCAAUCCUCAUCUUCUCACCUUCAUGUUCACAUAGCUGAUCAAGAUUGAUCUGCGAAAGGGAAAAUGAUAGAAAAAAUUAUUUAUUAUCAUAAAAAUCCUAUAGCAACCACAACUAUGCUUUAAUGACCAUAGUGAAUGUUGGUAGUGGCCUGUAGUAACCGCUACAGCUGUAAUUUUUUGUUCCCACCACUUUAGGAGUGUAACAAUAUCAGGAUCUCAAAAAUCUGCUAGCAAUAUUGUUACGUGAUGGUUGGGUCCAGUAUUUUCAUCCACAAGAAACCGAGGAGAAACCCUCAAGUCCUCCUUUUCAUGUUAAUGACUCUAAAGCCAUGCGCAGAUUCUCCCUCUUAGCUCUCUCUCCCCCCCCCCCCCUCUCUAGUGCGAAGAGAUACCUACAAAAGGGGUUUAAUCGGAUGUCAUAAGCUAAGUUUUUUCAAGUUCUUGUGCUUGCCCAUGACCACUUGUAUUCUGCUCAUUAGGUGGGUAACCAUCACGUAAAUAGUAGUGGACUAAUGCUUUAGAGAAAAGGGUGGAGUAAAACUCCUCAGUCACAGUGAUGUUUCUGUAGGCAAGAGUUAGAUUUGCAUAAAAAACUCUUUUGGAAAGGGUGAGUGUUCUUCAAUUGUUGUAUAACUCACUAGCUAUUAUAAAUGUUUGUGGCCUAUCCCUUGCAAAACACGCGUUGGAGGUGUAAUUAGAUGAAUUCCUUAUUGCUUUGCUACUUAUUGCAUAACUAUAGUGUUUAUACUUUCUUGCUUACUGCCUCCAAGUAUUUGAUACUUGUGAACGUGUUCAUGUGGUGACUGGUGAAAGUAAAGGGCCUAUUUGGUAUCGUUGUUGUUUUCUGUUUUCUGUUUUCUAUUUCUGUUUCUCCACAGUGAAAAAAUAGAUUAUAAAAAUGCGCUUGUUUCUGUUAUUAGUUUUCUGUUCCUGUUGUCGGUUUUCAGCCAACCCCACCUAGUGGGACUUAAGGCUUGGUUUUGUUGUUGUUGUUGUUGUUGUUGUUUAUGUAUUGAUUAUAUAUAUGUCAAGGGUAGAGUGGUCAUCCAAUGUGGAACCAAAUAUUGACAUGGAUCCUACUGUACACUCCUGGAAAUCUUACAAUGCGAAUUAAACAAAAAUAUUUUCAUGAGACAGACAUCCCAUUCCCAAGAACGAGAACCCUGGGAAUGUCAUUCCUAUGGGAAUAUUUUUAAUGGCGUGAACCAAAUGGCCCCUUAAUAAGCAUUACUUGGUCUAUGUUGAACAUGCCCAAACCAUUUUAACUUCCCUUCCUUUAGCUCGGGAUAUAUGUUCUUUUUGUUUCCUACUUUGUAGGGUCCAUUUAGAUCUAAGGAUUUUGUUUGACAAGGAAGGAAAGGAAAAUAAAAGAAAGCUCACUUUCCUUUAUAUUUUCUCUUCUUAUUAGACACUAUUAAAAAGAAAAAUUUAUUCUAAUAUGAUUAAAAAUUGAGAAAAUCAAAUGCUAGUGAUAUGUGAAAUCAAAUUUUGUUUAUUAAAUUUGUUAUAUGUUUUAUUUUCUUUCUCAUUUUUCUUGAUAACCAAACAUGAAAAAGUGUAUUCCUUCAAAAUUUCUUUUCCUUUAUCUAAUGUUUUCCAAGUCCCAAACAAGGCCGAUGAGGUACACUAAUCCAUCUAGUAUUGUCAAUUGAAGAAUUAUACUAAUCCAUCAUAGCAUUCUCAUGUCUAUAACCUUUAUUUUUUUGGAUGUUGUUAUUAGUUGCUCGACAUUUUGAUUGAUGUAGCAUGACUGGUCUUAUAACCAUCCUAUAACACUUUAAAAAAAAAAGUUUUAAAUGUAUUUUAUGAUAGCACAAAACACAUCCGAACACUUUUCUUCUUACUUAAUAUGCUUUAAUUCUAUUUAUUAACUUUUUUUUUCAAUUUUACCCACUAUAAUAAAUUCAACGGACUGAAAUCUGCUGAUAUUAGGAAGUUCUUGACCAUCAAGUUUAAUAUUUUGUGUCAUCCCUCCUAUAAUGACCAAAAUUGCAUUUCAAGUAUUUAGCCAGUCUUGAAACCUCCAUAUUCUAAAGUUUCUCCUCAUAAUUCUAACUUAGAACUUACCUCACUUCAAGUUUCAUCAAUGAAGACAACAUCUACCAUCAAACCUCAUUUUAGGUAUGCCUUGUAAGUUCAUUCAUAAUUGAAGCAGCAAGACAAGGAUUAAGAUAGACGCUUGAUAUGUGCUUAUUGUGAUGGGAAAUUCUGUAAACUCUCUGCCAAAUCCCCCCCUCCCGACCCCCAAGCGGGCCCUAACACUUCUCAUUACCUCAUCACACGAAUCUUUAGUGACAUCUAUAUACCUACUAAAUACCCCAUUGGGUCUUCAUUAGAUUCCUAUCACAGGCUUUCUCUAGGUCAAUUAAAACCAUGUGCUAGUCUCUCUUCUUUUCCCAGUAAUCUUGGUGAUAGAUAUAUAGCCUCUAGGUUGAUUUCCUGAUCAAACUAAUUUUAUGAAACUCUUAUUUCUAACCUUUGUCCUUGUUCAAUUCUACUUGUGUACACUUGGGGUCUUAACUCUUUCCACAUGCAAUUAUUGCCAAGCUUGGAUAAAGGAGCAAUGUAUUAUGUAGUUGAUAGCUGAAAGCUUGUUAUGUAGUUGAUUGCUGAAAUGAAAUAAAAAAUGAAAAGUGAUCUUAAAAAAAAAAAAGCUAAAAAACUUAAUGGUUAACCGUAAUUCAUAUUGGUUCAGUUUCAGUCUGGGUCUCAGUUUUUUGGUAAUUUUCUUACUAUGGUAAUUUUCUUACAACCCUACCAGCAAAUUGAAGUUCUCCUCUCCACCCAAACCCCCUCCUUCCCAAAACAUACACAAAAGACCUCAAUUAAUAUGAUCAUAAGCUUUCUCAAUGUAAAGUUAAAAAAAAAAAAAAAUAGGAUUCCAUAUUUUUAAUUCUAGUGUAAACCACCUCAUUAGCAAGAAGAGCUGUAUCUAAUAUCUGUCUACCCUCAAUGACUGCAUUUUGAUUCUCACCAUUACCUUCCUAUCAUCAUUUCAAUUUUCUACUUUUCUUCUUGAUUCUGUUUGCCAAAACCUAAGCCAGGAUGUUGUUUUUGUUGAUACUUCCCACAAGGCUAAUUGGGGGAUAAUCCUUAGCAACAGCUCCACUCUUCUUGAGAAUCAAAAUUGUACAAGUUUAGACUUGAAACCACUCACCCGGAGUAAAGUUCCUAACUUCCUGCAGCAAUUUCAUCACAUCUUCCCCUACUUUCCUCCGUUGUGCUGAAAAAUGCUAAGGAGAAACCAUAAGGACUUGGGGCUUUAUUUCCAUUAAGAUAUCUGGAGCUGCCACCCUACAAAAAAUAUACAUGGACACGUGUCAAGACAGGAAGGCUUCUAGGGUUUCACAAAAACCCCCACGCUGCAUUUGGGAGCAUGGAUUUUAAGCCUUGGAUCUGGAUUUAGACAAAAUUCAAUACAAAAUUGUAUUGAAUUUUGUCCAAAUCCACGCAAAUCCAAAUCCAAGGCCUUUCCCACUUAAGUUUCUAUAUAAUUAAUCUCUAUGAAAUUGUAUUGAAUUUUUUCCAUAUCCACAUAAAUCCAAAUCCAAGGCCGUUCCCUAACUUAAGUUUCUAUAUAAUUAAUCUCUAUGAAAUUGUAUUGAAUUUUUCCCAAAUCCAUAUAAAUCCAAAUCCAAGGCCUUUCCCAAACUUAGGUUUCUCUAUAAUUAGUCUCUAUGGACUCUCUAAAGGCCUCAAGAAACAAACAACAAAAAUUGGAGAGAAGGCACACUUCAACAACAUAACCUCCACUGUUCAGCCUGUCCAAUGUGGGUGCAAUAGAGGUGCCCUCUUUGAAGAGAUUAUUAUGGUAGGCUUUGAUCCCCCAUCUUAAUUCAUUCUUCUUCUGUGAGAACUAAGAAGCUUCCCAUUAACCUCCAAUGGUUCAAUGAAUUCUCUUUUUUAGCACAAAACUGAUUUGGACAAGGAGUGGAAGGUAAUUGUGUAAAAAUAAAAGCAAUAAAAGAGAAGAAAAUUUGUUUUGGGGGUUUAUGAUAUGUCUAGAAUUGUGUGAGAUGGAUUCAUAUUGAUUUGUUAGACUCACAAGGUGAAUCAAUAGAUUUGGCAACGAUUCAGUUGUUUUAGAUUCUCUAGUAAGGUUCAAAUUGACUUGUGGAAUUGAUACGAAUAUAUGAAUCUAAUUGCGAAUUGUACAAUUCCAACCAUGGUUUUAAAUAACGGCCGUUACGUAGCGUAACGGCCGAUACGUAACGGAAAUCAGAGGGCCCGAAACCGAUACGGGCCGAUAUCGCGGUUCGGAAAAAAUUCACGGCCGUAACGGCCGUUACGGAGGCGUAACGGCACGUAACGGCUGAUACUCCAACGUUACAUGUCGUAACGUCCGUUACGGACCGUUACAUGGCCGACAGGUAGCAUAUUCGCUGACGGGCAGCAGGCAGCAACGCUGCUUUCCCCCUCUCCCCAGUCCCCACACCCAUCUGCCAUUCAAAGGCUAAAAAGGAAAGUUACAAACUGACCUUGAAAAUUUGUUGGCCUUCGGCAAUAAGAAGGCUUCGAGGCUACCGAGCAGAUCUACUCAGAAUUGCAGACUUGCAGUUCCAGGCUUCCAGUUCCAGCAACUUGGCGAGUCACCGGCGACGGAAAAAGGUCUGCAGCAGCUCCGCCAGUCAUCGCAGUCGCACCAGCCAGCCUCUCGAUUUCAGCUUCGGAGACUCGGAGCUUGGAGUCAUCUCUGGCUCGCUGCUUUUGCUUCGCUCCUUCGACUGUUCGAGGCUCCUCUGAGUUCCCUCGAAUCCCUCCUCUCUCUCGGUCUGACUCGACUACAGGCCUCAGCAGAUCAUCAAAUUAAGUCUAUCAAUAUGUCACGUGAUAGAGGAAAUGAAAACUUACCUAGUGAAGAUAUUGGAUGGCAUUUUGGUACUGCGGUAGACGGUAAUAAACAUGUUAUUAUGUGUAAAUUAUGUGGGAAGAUAAUCAAAGGGGGCAUUACACGCUUGAAACAACACUUGGCACAUAAAAAGGGUCAAGUAGCUGGAUGCUCAAAUGUGACCACACAAGUAAGAGAACAAAUGAUGAAACAUCUACAACAGUAUGCUGAGAAGAAAAGAGAUAAACAAAAAAGGCAAGAAGAAGCAGAAGCCCAAAUUAGAGGAGAUUUUGAGAAUUUGAGCGAUGAAGAAGACUUGGAAGAAGAAAGUAUGAGAUUUGCUCGACAAGAAAGCAUGCGAUCACAACAACAAUGGGAAGAUAGACAAAGAUUUCGAGCAAGAACAACUGGAAGGGGUAAUAUUUAUGAAGAGGGAGGUGGCUCUGGCAGUGGUGCUACCAGUGGUUUCAAUAGAGCAGGAGCUCGAUCUUAUAGUGGUCGAGAAGUUGGAGGUAGUGGACGACAAUGGAUCAAUCCUGAUGCCCCUGAAGCUAGACUAAAGGCAAUGGAUCCUAUUUUAGAAAGAAGCAAGAGUGCGAAACAACCAAAACUCAACACAAAGUUACUGAAAGGUUUAAGAAGUAAAUUAGGAAAAGCGGUUGGAAAAUUCCUAAUUUAUAAUCGGAUUCCAGCGAAUGUAGCUGACUCUCCAUUUAUGCAGCCUAUGCUUGAUAUUGCUGCAGAGGUUGGAAAGGGGGUGAAGGGUCCAUCACCCUAUGAGAUAUCUGAAAUUUAUUUGGAGCAAGAGUAUCAAGAAAUGAAAAAUUAUAUAGCUUCUUUUGCUGGAAUUUGGAAGGAAAGAGGUGUAACACUUAUGUGUGAUGGUUGGUCAGGACCAACUAGAAAACACAUUAUAAACUUUUUAGUUUAUUGUGAUAGAGGCACCGUGUUUCAUAAAUCAGUUGAUGCCUCUGAUGUGCCAAGCAGAACAGCUGAAUAUUAUUUCAGGUAAUUUUCUAAUUUUAAUUGUAUAUACAAAUAGUA